AUGUCGAUAUGGAAUUAUUUUCAACAAUGUAUCGUAUCAAUUCAUCUUCGAAUAUGGUUAACAUUAACAAAAAUUAUUCUUAUUUUAUUCUUCAUUACUUUAAUCAGUACUAAUAUAUUUUAUUAUUAUAUUUAUGUUCAAAGUUUAAAAGAAAAAACUUUUGAUCAACAAAUAAAUUGUACAAUAAAUAAAAUUAAUAAUAAUAUUCACAUGUGUAAUAAUCGAGAAAGAAAACAAUGUCAAUUAGUCAGUGGUAACUGCUUGAUUUCGAAUAAUUUACAAAAUAUCAAAUUAUAUUUGACAUGGUAUGAUUAUGAAAGUUCAUUAUAUCAUUGUACAAUUAAUCCAUGUUUAAAUUCUAUAAACGAACAAUUCUUUAUAAAUCAAUCAUUGAAUUUUAUUUAUUGGUCAUCUCAAUUUGAACGUGCCUAUAUAAAACGAAUAUCAAAAUUAUCAACAGAUAUAAGUCAAAAUCUCUUAUAUAUUUUAUUAAGUAUCACUAUUUGCAUAUUUUUUCUUUUUGUUAUAUUUACAAAAAUUCUUAUUACUCAUAAGAAAUUCGAAAAUGUUAUUAAUAAUAUACAAAUACCAACGAUUCGUAUUGUUUAUACUGUAGAACCAAUAGAAGAUAAAAAUGAUCAAAUACAGACAAAUUCGAGAUCAUCACCACAAAGAUUACGGGUUCCAAAAGACACGAUAUUAUUUAAAUCAAAUUACAAUUCUAUCAAAUGA